CAUAGACAUCCCUGUCACCAGUGACUGUGAUUGGAUAGUGGUUUCUACCGGUGGAUCCCGUGUAAGAAGAAUAACUCAUCGGAGAAGCUCCGCAGCAGGGUGAGAGGCCAUCAGCACCAUGUUCUGUACGAAGCUGAAGGAUCUCAAGAUCACAGGGGAAUGUCCUUUCUCCUUAUUAACACCUGGUCAGCUUCCGAAAGACCCAGUGGAGGAGACAGCAGGAGGCUCAGAGAGCUGCAAAGCAACUGCACCCAUCUGUCAGGAUGUUCCUGAGAAGAAUGCACGAGGAAAUCUCCCUCAAAGAAAGACUAGUCGGAGCCGAGUCUAUCUUCACACUUUGGCAGACAGUAUUUGCAAACUGAUUUUCCCUGAGGUUGAACGGCUGAACGUUGCACUUCAGAGAACACUGACAAAACAUAAAAUAAAAGAAAGCAGGAAAUCUUUGGAGAGAGAAGAUUUUGAGAAGAUCAUUGCAGACCAAGCUGUUGCAUCAGGAAUUCCAGUGGAGAUCAUCAGAGAAUCUCUUGGUGAAGAGCUGUUUAAAAUAUGUUAUGAGGAAGAUGAACACAUCCUAGGAGUGGUUGGAGGAACCCUUAAAGAUUUUUUAAAUAGCUUCAGUACCCUUUUGAAACAAAACAGUCAUUGCCAUGAAGCAGAAAAAAGAGGCGGGUUUGAUGAUGCCUCUAUUCUCUGCCUGGAUAAAGAUCACAAUUUCUUAAACGUUUACUGUUUCUUUCCUAAUAGAACCACAUCCCUUAUUCUUCCUGGCAUCAUUAAGGCAGCCGCUCACAUAUUGUACGAAACUGAAGUAGAAGUGUCAUUAAUUCCUUCCUGCUUUCCCAAUGAUUGCAGUGAAUUUGGUAACCAACCCUAUUUGUUAUACUCUGUUCAUGUCAAAAGCACCAAACCAUCCUUGUCUCCAGGCAAACCUCAGUCCUCCCUGGUAAUUCCUGCAUCACUGUUCUGUAAGACCUUUCCAUUCCAUUUCAUGUUUGACAAAGAUAUGACAAUUCUACAAUUUGGCAAUGGUAUUAGAAGGCUAAUGAGCAGGAGAGAUUUUCAAGUAAAGCCUAAUUUUGAAGAAUACUUUGAAAUCCUUACUCCAAAAAUCAACCAAACAUUUAGUGGGAUCAUGACUAUGUUGAAUAUGCAAUUUGUUGUACGAGUGAGGAGGUGGGACAACUCUAUGAAGAAGUCAUCAAGGGUUAUGGACCUCAAAGGCCAAAUGAUCUACAUUAUUGAAUCCAGUGCGAUCUUGUUCUUGGGGUCACCCUGUGUGGACAGAUUAGAAGACUUCACAGGACGAGGGCUGUAUCUUUCUGACAUCCCAAUUCAUAAUGCACUGAGAGAUGUGGUCUUGAUAGGUGAACAAGCCCGAGCUCAGGAUGGCCUGAAGAAGAGACUGGGGAAACUCAAGGCCACCCUUGAGCAAGCCCAUCAAGCACUGGAGGAAGAGAAGAAAAAGACGGUAGAUCUUCUGUGCUCUAUAUUUCCCAGUGAAGUUGCUCAGCAGCUAUGGCAAGGACAAGUUGUACAAGCCAAGAAGUUCAAUAAUGUCACCAUGCUUUUCUCGGACAUCGUUGGAUUCACUGCCAUCUGCUCCCAGUGCUCACCACUGCAGGUCAUCACCAUGCUCAACGAGCUCUACACACGCUUUGACCAGCAGUGCGGAGAGCUGGAUGUCUACAAGGUGGAGACCAUAGGUGAUGCAUAUUGUGUAGCUGGAGGAUUACACAAAGAAAGUGACACACAUGCUGUUCAGAUAGCACUGAUGGCUCUGAAGAUGAUGGAGCUCUCUGAUGAAGUCAUGUCUCCCCAUGGAGAACCUAUCAAGAUGAGAAUUGGACUGCAUUCCGGAUCAGUUUUUGCCGGAGUUGUUGGAGUUAAAAUGCCCCGCUACUGUCUCUUUGGAAACAAUGUCACUUUGGCUAAUAAAUUUGAGUCCUGCAGUGUCCCACGGAAAAUCAAUGUCAGUCCAACUACUUACAGAUUACUCAAAGACUAUCCUGGUUUUGUGUUUACCCCUCGCUCAAGGGAGGAGCUUCCUCAAAACUUCCCCAUUGAAAUUCCUGGAAUCUGUCAUUUUCUUGAUGCGUAUCUACAAGGAACAAAUUCAAAACCAUGGUUCCAAAAGAGAGAUGUUGAGGAUGGCAAUGCUAACUUUUUAGGCAAAGCAUCAGGAAUAGAUUAAUGAAAUGUAUACCUGAUAGUAAGUCCUGGGCGUUUGACUCUUUUGAGGAUGUCUGGAAACUUGGAAAGCACUUUGACAUUGCAGAUGGCUAAAAAGCAGUACCAAAUGAUCGAGAACUUAAGUCAUGAUCUAUGUUUUCUCCCACUUUAAUAUGACAAAAAAAUGUAUUCACUCAGUAUUUUAUCUCUGCUGUUAAAAACAACAAAAAUGUCUCAACAAUUUACUCUUUGAGGCAAAUUCUGUUAUAUAACAAUCACUACCUGUACUCAGAAUUGAACACGCUGUACAUAUAUCUGGUCAUUGUAGUGAACUAUAAGAAGUAAUGGAGUUGCUUGCAGUCUUGUGCCCUGGUGGAAUGCCAUGGUUACUAAAAUAUGCUUGUGAUAGUGU